CAUGAUUGUUUGUCUUAAGCCUCAAGUGAAGUUUGUGAUAUGUCCUUUCAAGUUACUUUUGGUUAGUUUCUUAAGUUUACUUUGUUUUUAAUUGGAAGCUCCACCUUUUUAACUUUGUCAUGAAUUGUCAGUGCCGAGUUCCUGGUAGUUGGUAAAAAGAAUUGCCUUCUCCCUGAUAUCCUGUUCUGUGGGAAGCCUUUGUGGUUUGGAGUCACAGCUUCUCAUUGUUGCUAGCUACAGUUGUCUCCUCCCUCCUGCCCUUCCCUCCCGACCGACCGCUCUAGCUAUUCCCUUGUCCCUCCCCAUUCUUGUAUCACUUGCCCCACAGUUACCCUCGUGAUUAGAGGUCUUUUGCUGGAGGUUGACUGUGCUGUCUGCUCUCUGACACAGUUGGCUAUUCUAGUCCCAGAAGAAAGAAGAGAGACUUGCUGAAGAUCUGGAUGGGACAAUAGAAGUUUAGGGGCGCAUUAAAAAGAAGCAGCAAGAGCAUCAACAAAAACCUCAGAUGAUUCAAGCAGGCUUCUUGGCCUUGUGGAACUUUUUGCAGUUGCUCAGAAUUUGUUUUUGGUUCAGAGGAUGAUGGGACAAGGCAAUAGAGAACAAGGAGGGUUAUGUUGGAUUCUUGUUUAUCUGUUUGCCUCUCCUUCCAGUUGGAAAAUCUUCAGUCCAUAAGAAGCAUUAUCAACAAGCCUGAAGGAUACAUCUUACCCUGAUCCUGGAUGCCGUUGGAGUUGAGGAUUACAUCCACUUUACCAGGACUUUAUGGAGGCCAUUCAAGAAAAAUAGAAGGAAGCAAUACUUAAGGCUUUUUCUGUUAACAUUAGUCCUAUGCCAUGUUACAUUUUGGACAUUGUUUGAAACAAGUGAGGGAGGGCUCUGUCAUCUGGAUCUAGGAGGAUACCUGAGUCCCUUGAACUACACAGAUGAUAUUUGGAAGGUGGUAAACUCAAAAUCUUCCAACAUAAAUUCACUGAAUUCUGGAUUCCCUUCCUUUUUAGAACUUUAGCAGACAGAAAUUACCUGCCAAAAAAGGCACAAAAGCUUCUCCCUUUUUUUCAGGCUCAAUGUGAACAAUAAUGUCUUGGAAGAGAAAUUAUUUUUCAGGGGGUCGGGGUAGUGUACAAGGGAUGUUUGCUCCUAGAAGCUCAACCUCCAUAGCCCCCAGCAAAGGCCUCAGCAAUGAGCCAGGGCAAAACAGCUGCUUCCUCAACAGUGCCCUGCAGGUUUUGUGGCACUUGGAUAUCUUCCGACGUAGCUUUAGGCAGCUUACAACUCACAAGUGCAUGGGAGAUUCCUGCAUCUUUUGUGCUCUCAAGGGAAUCUUUAACCAGUUUCAGUGUAGUAGUGAAAAAGUGCUUCCAUCUGACACUCUCCGCAGUGCUCUGGCAAAGACUUUCCAGGAUGAACAACGUUUCCAGCUGGGGAUUAUGGAUGAUGCUGCAGAGUGCUUUGAAAACCUCCUGAUGAGAAUUCACUUCCACAUUGCUGAUGAAACCAAAGAGGAUAUAUGUACUGCCCAACACUGCAUUUCUCAUCAGAAGUUUGCAAUGACAUUGUUUGAACAGUGUGUAUGUACUAGCUGUGGUGCCACUUCUGAUCCACUCCCUUUCAUCCAGAUGGUACAUUAUAUCUCCACCACUUCCCUCUGCAAUCAGGCUAUUUGUAUGCUGGAAAGACGAGAGAAACCUUCACCAAGCAUGUUUGGUGAGCUGCUACAGAAUGCCAGCACCAUGGGGGAUCUGCGGAACUGUCCAAGCAACUGUGGAGAGAGGAUCCGGAUUCGCCGUGUAUUGAUGAAUGCUCCACAGAUUAUCACGAUUGGGCUUGUAUGGGACUCAGACCACUCAGACUUAGCAGAAGAUGUUAUCCAUAGCCUGGGAACCUGCCUUAAGCUGGGUGAUCUGUUUUUCAGAGUGACAGAUGACCGGGCCAAGCAAUCUGAACUGUACUUAGUCGGAAUGAUUUGUUACUAUGGCAAACAUUAUUCUACGUUCUUUUUUCAAACCAAGAUCCGCAAAUGGAUGUACUUUGAUGAUGCUCAUGUCAAGGAGAUUGGGCCCAAAUGGAAGGAUGUGGUGACCAAAUGCAUCAAGGGGCAUUAUCAGCCCCUGCUGCUGCUUUAUGCAGAUCCCCAGGGUACCCCAGUGUCCACCCAGGACUUGCCUUCCCAAGCGGAGUUCCAGUCAUACAGUAGGACAUGCUAUGAUAGUGAAGAUUCAGGGAGGGAGCCCUCCAUCUCAAGUGACACUCGAACAGAUUCCUCAACGGAGAGCUAUCCCUACAAACAUUCCCACCAUGAGUCUGUGGUCAGUCACUUCUCUUCUGAUUCUCAGGGGACAGUCAUCUAUAAUGUGGAGAAUGAUUCCAUGUCUCAGAGCAGUCGGGACACAGGACACCUGACUGAUAGUGAAUGCAAUCAGAAACACACAUCCAAGAAAGGGUCACUGAUAGAACGAAAGAGGAGCUCUGGUCGGGUUAGGAGGAAAGGCGAUGAGCCUCAGGCCUCAGGAUACCACAGUGAAGGAGAAACACUGAAAGAGAAGCAGGCUCCCAGGAAUGCCUCCAAACCAUCCAGCAGCACCAAUAGGCUGAGGGAUUUUAAAGAGACAGUCAGCAAUAUCAUCCACAACAGACCAUCCGUGGCUUCUCAGACCAAUGUAGGCUCUCACUGUGGAGGUAGGGGAGGAGACCAGCCAGACAAAAAACCUCCUAGGACCCUGCCUUUACACUCUCAUGACUGGGAAAUAGAGAGUACCAGCAGUGAGUCAAAAUCCAGUUCUUCCAGCAAGUAUCGUCCAACAUGGAGACCCAAACGAGAAUCUCUGAAUAUUGACAGUAUCUUUAAUAAGGACAAAAGGAAGCACUGUGGCUAUACCCAGCUUAGUCCCUUUUCUGAGGAUUCAGCUAAAGAAUUUACACCAGAUGAACCAAGCAAGCCACCUGCUUAUGAGGUUAAAUUUGGUGGAUCAAGCCCCCAGUACAAGCGCUGGGGCCCAGCACGGCCAGGCUCUCACCUUUUAGAGCAGCAGCCCCGACUAAUCCAGCGAAUGGAAUCUGGCUAUGAAAGCAGUGAGAGGAACAGCAACAGCCCUGUCAGCCUGGAUGCAGCCCUGCCUGAGAGCUUAAAUGUCUACAGGGAUUCAAGUGCUAAGAGAUCAGCUGGGUUGAUCCCUUCCUGGCGUCACAUCCCAAAGUCGCAUAGCAGUAGCAUCCUGGAAGUGGACUCCACAGCAUCCAUGGGUGGCUGGACAAAGAGUCAGCCUUUCUCAGGUGAGGAGAUGUCUUCUAAAAGCGAACUGGAUGAAUUACAGGAAGAGGUGGCCAGGAGGGCGCAAGAACAGGAACUUCGAAGAAAACGAGAGAAGGAGUUAGAGGCAGCUAAAGGGUUUAACCCUCAUCCUAGCCGCUUCAUGGACUUGGAUGAACUGCAGAAUCAGGGGAGGAGUGACGGCUUUGAGAGGUCCCUGCAAGAGGCAGAGUCAGUGUUUGAAGAGUCACUGCAUCUGGAACAGGAAGGAGACUGUGCUGCAGCUUUGGCUCUCUGUAAUGAAGCUAUCUCUAAACUAAGACUUGCCCUGCAUGGUGCCAGCUGUAGCACGCACAGCAGAGCCCUAGUCGAUAAGAAGUUGCAAAUCAGUAUUCGAAAAGCACGGAGCCUGCAGGAUCGCAUGCAGCAGCAGCAGUCAUCACAGCAGCCGUCGCAGCCCUCAGCCUGCCUCCCAUCACAGGCGGGGACUCUCCCUCAGCCGACAAGUGAACAGCCUAUCCCGCUCCAAGUAUUGUUAAACCAAGAGGCCCAACUGGAACACUGCACGGAUACAGAGUUUGGGGCCAGUUCUUUCUUCCAUUCACCUGCUUCCUGCCAUGAGUCACACUCAUCACUAUCUCCAGAGUCAUCUGGCCCGCAGCAAAGCUCCCCUAGUAGAUCUGCCUUGAAGCUUCUGACUUCAGUUGAAAUAGACAACAUUGAACCCUCUGUAUUCCACAGGCAAGGUUUACCCAAAACACCAGGGUGGACUGAGAAUAAUUCUCAUCACAGUUGGGAGCCAUUGGAUGCCCCAGAGGGUAAGCUGCAAGGCUCUAGGUGUGACAACAGCAGUUGCAGCAAGCUCCCUCCACAAGAAGGAAGAGGCAUUCCUCAAGAACAGCUGUUCCAAGAAAAGAGGGAUCCUGCUAACCCAUCCCUGGUGAUGCCUGGAAUAGCCACCUCAGAGACAGGAGAUGAACACAGCCUAGACUACAGUCCUUCAAAUUCAUCAGCUCAGCCCAGUCUUUCCCUGUAUAGAGCCUGCCACCCCAUAAUGCCUGUUGCUUCUUCAUCUGUGCUUCACUCCCCUGAUCCUGUGCAGAAAACUAACCAAUGUCUCCAAGCCCAAAGCCUCAAAACUUCAUUAACUUCACAAGUGGACAGAGGCAGUGAGGAGCCCUAUAGGCCAGAGUUUCCCAGCACAAAGGGGCUUGUCCGUUCACUGGCUGAGCAGUUCCAGAGGAUGCAGGGUGCCUCCAUGAGGGAUAGCACAGGUUGCAAGGAUAGAAAUUUGUCAGGUAGUCAGAGGAAGAACUCUUCCCCUUCUGAUUCUAAGCCUCCUUUCUCACAGGGUCAAGAGAAAGGCCACUGGCCAUGGGCAAAGCAACAAUCCUCUUUGGAGGGUGGGGACAGACCUCUUUCCUGGGAAGAGUCCACUGAACAUUCUUCUCUUGCCUUAAACUCUGGGCUGCCUAAUGGUGAAACUUCUAGGGGAGGACAGCCCAGGUUGGCAGAGCCAGACAUAUACCGAGAGAAGCCGCUUCAAGUGAGAGAUGCUAGGUCUAAGGAUCUGAGCAGCAGUACUGACUUGGGGACUUCUUUGCCUUUGGAUUCCUGGGUGAAUGUCACAAGGUUCUGUGAUUCUCAGCUUAAACAUGGGUCCCCUGUAACCUAUCCAGAGAGAAAUCACAUCCUUUUGCAUCCACAUUGGAACCAAGACACAGAGCAGGAAGCCUCAGAAUUGGAGUCUUUGUACCAGGCCAGUCUUCAGGCUUCUCAAGCUGGCUGUUCUGGAUGGGGGCAGCAGAAUAUGGCCUGGCACCCACUUAGGCAAACAGGCUCUGCAGAUGGCAUGGGAAGGAGGUUGCACUCAGCUCCUGGUCCUGGUCUCUCAAAGACUCCAACAGCAGAAAUGGAGCACGGUCUCCAUGAAGCCAGAACAGUGCGUACUUCUCAGGCUACACCUUGCCGAGGCCUCAGCAGGGAGUGUGGGGAGGAUGAGCAGUACAGUGCAGAGAACUUUCGCCGCAUCUCACGCAGUCUCAGUGGCACCGUUGUCUCAGAGAGGGAGGAAGCUGCAGUUUCUUCCCACAGUUUUGAUUCAUCAAACGUGAGGAAGCCUUUGGAAACCGGGCACCGUUGUUCCAGCUCCUCUUCCCUCCCUGUCAUCCAUGACCCUUCUGUGUUUCUCCUCGGUCCCCAACUCUACCCCCCCCAACCACAGUUCCUGUCCCCAGAUGUCCUGAUGCCCAGCGUGGCAGGGGAGCCCCAUAGACUCCCAGGAACUUCGAGGAGUGUCCAGCAGUUUCUGGCUAUGUGUAACAGGGGUGAAACUUCCCAAGGGAUCAAGUACACAGGAAGGACUUUGAACUACCAGAGCCUCCCACAUCGUUCCAGAACAGACACCUCCUGGGCACCCUGGUCAGAGACCAACCAGCAUAUUGGGACCAGAUUCCUGACUACUCCAGGAUGCAAUCCUCCGCUAACCUACACUGCCACACUACCAGAAAGAAGCAAGGGCCUUCAGGUUCCUCACGCUCAGUCCUGGGGGGAUCUUUUCCAUUCACCCUCCCACUCUCCCAUUGUUCAUCCUGUGUACCCACCAUCCAGCAGUCCCCAUGUACCCCUAAGGUCAGCUUGGAAUUCAGAUCCUGUUCCAGGGUCCCGAACCCCUGGUCCUCGAAGAGUAGAUAUGCCCCCAGAUGAUGACUGGAGGCAAAGCAGUUAUGCCUCCCAGUCUGGACACAGGAGGACAGUGGGAGAGGGGUUUCUGUUUAUUCUACCAGAUGGGCCUGGAAGAGAGCAGCUCAGGGCUAGAGUCCUGCAGCACAGCCGAUGGUAAAGGUCACCCUUUCUUUUCCUGGAGCUACACCUUUCUCUGUAAAACUGUAGUGUGGCAGUGCUGGUACCCUGCAUCACUGCCAUGGUUGUGCUAUUCUCAUCUCAACAUAGAAUUGGUGGGUUCUCCUAGGGGUGUCAGGAACCUCUAAAAAGACCGGAUUCUUUGGGAGGGGAUAUUUGAAAUUCCAACUUCCAUUCCCCCUAGCAAAAGGAAGCAGCUGCUGUUUAAACAUUUUAUCUGAGCCACUUUAAAAAUGAAUCCAUGGUAUUACUCUGGAUACUAGCCAUUCCUUAGGAUCUUAAGGUCACAUUUUAUUCCUGGAUGCUUUAUGUCCCCACCUCCACCUGAGCCCUCGUCUUCUGUUCCCUACUAUAUUCCCAACUUCUACUCUUUGUUUUAUCCACCUAUCCCUAUUACCUGACCCUUUGUCUUCCCUAUCUCUCACCCUUGGAGAGACAUGUAGCCCGUGGUCAUAGUUCUGAUUGCAUCAUCAGGACAUCCCCCCUGCCCAGGUAUUAUGGCCCAUCAGCAUUAAGUGUGCCCUCCGAACCUUAGGCCUAGAACGCGGAGCUGCCAACAUAACAUUCACCCUUUUGAACAGAUGGGAGUCAGGCACACUAACACAGUCUUCUGUCCUCAGCAGCACAGCCAUUACUGCCACUUGCUCAGUCACUGUUGUAAACCCUCAGAGUCAGCUGAACUAUUUUAGGCCAAACAUACUGUUUUUGUAAAGUAUUUUUCAUUAAUAAAUCUAUAAGAUAGUUCUAUUUAA